AUGCUGGAUUGGGGGAGCCACCACGACGCCCCAAACCAAACCGACACGUUUGCGGUGCUCUCCAUGGAACCUCCCCGCCAUGUCGUGCGCCACGGCGCCCGGAUCAAUGGCUCCGGCCGCGAUGACAAUGUCGAGGUCGCUCCGCGCGACCCGAUCUACCUCGAUUACAACGCGACCACUCCCAUCGACCCCGCGGUGGCGGAGGAGAUGAUUCCCGUGCUGCGCGCGGAGUUCGGCAACCCGUCCAGCGCGCACGCGCUCGGGCGGAGGGCCAACGCGGUUGUGGAGGGCGCGCGGGCGCGCGUGGCGCAGCUGCUCAACUGCUCGCCGGACGAGGUGGUGUUCACGAGUGGAGGCACGGAGUCCAACAACUGGGCCAUCAAAGGCGCAGUCGCCGCCUAUGCCACCCACUCUGCUGCCACCACUGCUCCCACUGCUACUGCUGCAGCCGUGGCGGCGCCACACGUGGUGAUAUCGGCGGUGGAGCAUCCAGCAGUGACGGAGGUGGCGGAGCAUGUGAGGGCGGUGGAGGGCUGUGAGGUGACGGUGGUGCCGGUGGACGCACACGGCAUGGUGAGCGUGCACCACGUCAUGGCUGCACUGCGCGCCACCACCGCCAUCAUCUCCAUCAUGCUGGCGAACAACGAGGUGGGGUCGCUGCAGCCCAUUGCAGGCAUCGCUGCUGCCCUCACAAACCACAAAGCAGCCAUGGCAGCACAAGCCCUGCAAGAGGUAGCAGAAGCAGGAUCGGACGGAGCAACAGCAGCAGCGGCGGCGGCAGCAGUGUUUCCAUACCUGCACACGGACGCCAGCCAGGCCGUGGGGAAGGUCCCCGUGGACUUUGCUGCUCUCGGUGUCGACCUGCUCACUGUUGCCGCACACAAGCUGUAUGGACCUAAGGGCGUGGGAGCAUUGGUGGUGCGGCGGGGGGUGCACCUUCCAAAGCUGAUGCACGGGGCAGGCCAUGAGCAGGGCAGGCGUGCAGGCACAGAGAGCACCGUGCUGCUCGCAGGACUGGGGAAGGCAUGUGAGUUGGCGCGCACUGCUCUCCCUGCGGACACAGCACACAGCGAGCGCAUGCGCAGCCGGUUGCUACAGGGCCUGGCACGGCGCCUCUGCCUUGUGACGCCACAGGCACACGCAGGGGAGAGCGAGGGCCAGACGGGAUCAGGGAUGCAGAGCAAUGACGAUGCUGCAGCUGCUGCUGUUGCCAGGGGUGAUGGGGAAGGUGACGGGGACAGGGUUCGCUUUAGAGUGAAUGGGCCGUGUGACCCAAGCCUGCGCCUGCCCAACACUCUCAGCCUCUCCUUCGAGGGUCUACACGGCCCCACCCUCAUGGCGCGUCUCCUCCCCCGAGUCGCAUGCAGCGCCGGUGCUGCCUGCCAUUCCUCCCCCGCUCCUCCCUCCGCUCCCUGCCCCUCCUCGUCUGCCUCUUCCCCGUCCGUCAAGCCAGCAGCAUCAGCGCCGUGUGUGAAGGGAUCGUCAGUGCUGGAGGCGAUGGGGGUGGAUGGCAGGUAUGCCGGGUGCACAGUGAGAGUGAGUGUGGGGCGCUGGACCACGGAGCAGGAGGUAGAUGCUGCAGCAGAGAUCAUUGCGGUUGCUGUCAUGCAACUCCACAAGGAGCAGCAGCAGGUGCAGCAGCAGGUGCAGCAGCAGCAGCAGCAGCAGCAGCAGCAGCAGCAGCAGCAGCAGCAGCAGCAGCAGCAGGUGCAGUUUCAGUAUUAA